ACAGACACAAAAUGUCCGACAGUUGCCAAAAAGAUGAAUAUAGCCCGCCUAGUUGUAAAAAAGCAAAAAUUGACAAUGAAAACGUAAAUGAUGUGAGCGAAAAUAAGUUGCAAUUAAAAGACUUUGUUAUAGAGAAAAUUUUGUCCAAUAACACUAAUAGGAAAACUGUUUCUGUGACUGGUAAAUUUAAAGACAAAAGUGGCGUGGGUUUGAUCAUAUUUGAGAAAAAUGCAUUCAAAGAAGAGGAUUUAAGUGAGGAAGGUUAUUUUUGUUCGGAGACGGAGCUGCGGACGUUCUUCCAGAACGAUAUUUACGGGAAUUACGAGUGCUUCCGCGCUCCUUUGAUUUCAGGUGUAAAGACAACAAUAAUAUAUCCAGCUACAGAUAAGCACAUAGCAAAGUUUGUUCACCAAGAACUGCACAUUGUGUUAGAGACUCCAGAGCUCUACGAGACACUGACACUGCCUCAUAUUGAAAAGGAGCAGUUUAAUUUGCAGUGGGUGUACAACAUACUAGAAGGCAAAAGUGAGCAAGACAGAAUAGUCUAUGAUAAUAAGUGCGAGACUGAAGGUUUUGUGUUAGUUCCUGACUUGAAGUGGGACGGAGUAACCAAAGAGACAUUGUAUCUUCUAGCUAUUGUUAGACAAAGGGGUAUCAAGUCUAUCAGGGAAUUGUAUGAGACACAUUUGCCGUUGCUGAAAAGAAUUCGGGACGAGGGCAAGAAAAAGAUCCUAGAGAAAUACCAUAUCCAGGGCUCUCAGCUGCGCAUAUAUUUACACUAUCAGCCAUCUUUCUACCACUUACACGUGCAUUUCACGUAUUUACGGCACGAGGCGCCCGGUAUCUAUGCAGAGCGGUCGCAUCUACUUGAUACCGUCAUCAAUAAUAUUGAAAUCAUGAGCAAUUAUUAUAAAAAAGCUACCUUACCCUUCCCCAUCAGUGAGACAUGGUCCCUGUUUGGCAUAUAUGAAACAAAUGGACACAUAAAGAGAGUGCAACCAAGCAUUGAGCUUAUUGAUAAAUAAAUUGUACAUACAGAUAUAUUUUUUAAGUGAAAAUGUUGAU